UGGCUGCUGUGUCUCCCGCGUGUGCGUACUAGCGCGCGUGUCUGUGUCUACAGUCUAUGGUCUGUCUGUGUUUUGUGUUUGCGCGUGCGCGGCCCCCCUCUCGACGUCAGCAGUCAGUGGUUUUUCGGGUUGAUCCGACUUCUUUUGGCUGCCGUGAGUUCACUGUAUUGUAAAGGGAACAGUGGAUCCGAGGAGGAGGGGGGGUUGAUUCGCAAAAAAACACAUCCCGAUUGGACUCGCAUCCGGAGUCUCGACGGCCAUAAUUCAUCGCACCUUUUUACCUUUCAGGAGACUGAGUUUUAUUGUUUUUAUUAAUUUAUUCCAAUCCUCUUAGUUUAUGGUUUACACUCCGGGAGGGCAGAAAUGGCGGCCAAUAUGUACCGGGUCGGAGAUUAUGUAUUUUUCGAGAACUCCUCCAGUAACCCUUACCUGAUCCGCCGGAUAGAAGAACUCAACAAGACGGCCAGCGGGAACGUGGAGGCCAAGGUGGUGUGUUUCUACAGAAGGCGAGACAUUUCCCACAGCCUCAUCCAGCUCGCAGACAAACAUGCAAAGGAGUUGGAAGAGGAGAAGGAGAGUCCGACAGAGACGGAUCUAACAGACAAACAGAAACACCAGCUUCGCCACAGAGAGCUCUUCCUCUCCCGGCAGUACGAGAGUCUACCUGCGACACACAUCAGGGGGAAGUGCAGUGUGGCUUUGUUGAAUGAGACCGAAGCCGUUCUUUCAUACCUUGACAAAGAGGAUACAUUCUUCUACUCGCUGGUGUACGACCCAACACAGAAAACUCUCCUGGCAGACAAAGGAGAGAUCAGAGUGGGACCUCGCUUUCAGGCAGACGUACCUGAGAUGCUACAAGAAGGUGAAGCAGAUGACAGGGACCAGUCCAAGCUAGAAGAGAAGCUAUGGGAUCCAGAGUGUCCCCUCACCAACAAACAGAUAGACCAAUUCCUAGUGGUGGCACGGGCGGUGGGGACCUUUGCUCGAGCGUUGGAUUGCAGCAGUUCAGUCAGACAGCCGAGCUUACACAUGAGUGCAGCUGCAGCCUCACGAGAUAUCACACUGUUCCAUGCGAUGGACACGCUUCAUCGUCACAACUACGACCUGUCCAGUGCGCUGAGCAUACUCGUCCCCGCGGGAGGGCCGGUGCUCUGCAGGGACGAGAUGGAGGAGUGGAGUGCCUCGGAGGCCGCCAUGUUUGAAGAGGCACUAGAGAAAUACGGGAAAGACUUCAAUGACAUCCGACAAGACUUUCUGCCAUGGAAGUCCCUGACAAGCAUCAUAGAGUACUACUACAUGUGGAAGACCACAGACAGAUAUGUGCAACAGAAGAGACUGAAGGCAGCAGAGGCAGAGAGCAAACUGAAGCAAGUUUACAUCCCCACAUAUAACAAACCCAACCCCAACCAGAUCUCUAUGACCAAUGGCAAGAUGGCCACAGUGAACGGAGCGGGCCCCGGGGCCUUCCAUGCUGCAGGCGGGGGCAGAGCCUGCGAGAGCUGCUACACCAUGCAGUCAGCCCAGUGGUACUCAUGGGGGCCACCAAACAUGCAGUGCCGCCUGUGCGUCUCCUGCUGGAUGUACUGGAAGAAGUACGGAGGCCUGAAGAUGCCAAGCAGAGCGGAGGCCCCAGAGGAGAGGACCUCCCCGAGUCCAGCAAGCACUGAGCCUCGCUCGCGGAGUCACGGCCCCCGCCAGUCCAACCACAUGGUGCCGAUGAGAAACAGCGGCAGCCCCAAGUCCUCCAUGAAGACCAAGCAGGCCUUCCUGCUGCAGGCCACCCGCCUCACCAAGCUGGCCCGGCACAUGUGCCGUGACAUCGUCAAGCUGCGCCGUGCCGCACGCCGGCCCUUUGUGCCCAUUAACUGUGGGGCCAUAAAGGCAGAGUGUAAGAGCUCUUUAAAUUCCUCCUAACUGCUGUCACACGGACACACACACACACAAACACUCACACAACGUACACACACACACUCACCAUCCCUCCUCACACUGACUGCCCCCACCAUCAACCCCCCCAUCUCUGCCCGUCUCUGCCCCGCCCCCCCCUCCUCCGUCUGUCUCUCUUUCUGUUUUUAUUAUUAUUGUUAUUAUUAUUAUUUUGGUUUUUGUAUUCUCCCACCCCCUGUUUCCAAUAAAGACUGCCUGUCCUCAUAACUAUGA